AUGGCCUCAAAUGAGGUUAACAACGCCCCUAAGCAGGUCCAUGGCACACACACCAAGCUACCGGCGAUCUCAAAAGGCGCCCGUGUCGAAAAGCGCCCCCUAACCAGGCGCCAGGCUCCAGCAUCAUCCAAAUCCCGGAUUAUCUACGUGUCUUCUAAAACGCCUUUCAUGGCAGCUGUCAAGCGCGUCCGCAAGCAGCUCGAUGCCUCGCUAAAGAAGACUGACGCGGCACCAAAGCACACGUCGCUGCACGCGCGUGUCGAGGGUCUUAAGCGGACUGCUGGCGGUGCAAGCGACGGUGGUGUGGUGACACUUCUGGGUACUGGAAAAGCAAUCGAGAAGACGCUUUCCCUUGCAGGCUGGUUUGAGCAGGAGGGGGACUGCGAGGUGGAGAUCAAGACGGGCACUGUUGGCACCAUAGAUGAUGUGGUGGCCGAAGGCGACGAGGAGGACGAGAGCCGUCUGAGGAAGCUCAACUGUUUGGAGGUCCUGAUUAAGCUCAAGUGA